UGCCGAACGCCAUCGCCAUUCGUUGUCCACUGCUUCACCACCUAAGAAGCAUAAAUUUAACGCUUUGUUCGAAUUAAACUGCUUGUUUCUGGUUGAUUUUAAGUUUUGGUUUAAAAUUUGAUUCUGCUUCAAUUAGUUUGACGAAAAUGCAGCGAGAUUACACCGCCGACAAGGAGACCAUCAAGUCGUUCCUGUCCGAGUUCCACAAGGAGGACGAUGGCGGCAAGAAGGUGUUUGUUUACGCCCGGCAGAUGACCAACAUUGCCCACCGGGAGCAGGUCGGAUUGACGGUGGACCUGGAUGAUGUGGCCUCGUACAACGAUCAGCUGGCGGAGGCGAUCCAGAAGAACGCACGGCGUUACAUCAAGCUGUUUUCGGACACGGUGUUUGAGCUGUUGCCGUCGUACAAAGAACGGGAAGCGAUCAACAAGGAUCCGUUGGAUAUUUACAUUGAGCAUCGGCUGUUGAUGCAGUCCCGGACGCGGAACCCGAACGAGCCGCACGAUGCGCGGAACACGAUUCCGGCCGAGCUGGUCAAGCGUUACGAGGUGUACUUCAAGGCACCGAGCAUGUCGAAGGCGGUUUCGAUUCGGGAGGUUAAGGCGGAGAGCAUCGGCAAGUUGGUCACGGUUCGAGGAAUCGUCACCCGGUGCACCGAGGUGAAGCCCAUGAUGACGGUGGCCACUUAUACGUGUGACCGUUGUGGUGCUGAGACAUACCAACCGGUGAGCUCGAUGAGCUUCAUGCCGACGAUCGAUUGUCCGUCGGAGGAUUGCCGGGUGAACAAAUCUGGCGGCCGUUUGUACCUGCAGACGCGUGGUUCCAAGUUUAUGAAGUUUCAGGAGAUUAAGAUCCAGGAGCACAGCGAUCAGGUUCCGGUGGGACAUAUUCCGCGCUCGUUGACCGUGAUGUGCCGCGGAGAAACGACUCGUAUGGCUCAACCCGGAGAUCACGUCGUAAUCAGCGGAAUCUUUUUGCCCAUUCAGCGAAGUGGCUUCAAGGCCAUGGUUUCGGGACUGCUGAGCGAGACAUUCCUGGAAGCGCACCGGAUCGUGUGUCUGAACAAGUCCGACGAUGGUGAGACGAGCAACGAGCUGACUCCGGACGAGCUGUCGGAACUGGCCAAGGAUGACUUUUAUACGCGGAUUGCGAGCAGUUUGGCGCCGGAGAUUUACGGUCAUUUAGACGUGAAGAAGGCGCUGCUGUUGCUGCUGGUUGGCGGAGUUGAUCGCAGCCCGGAUGGCAUGAAGAUUCGUGGCAACAUCAACAUCUGCCUGAUGGGAGAUCCUGGUGUGGCCAAGUCGCAGAUGUUGGGCUACAUCGAUCGGUUGGCGGUUCGUAGUCAGUACACAACGGGUCGUGGUUCUUCAGGAGUUGGUUUGACUGCCGCCGUCAUGAAGGAUCCGCUGACCGGGGAGAUGAUGCUCGAAGGAGGUGCGCUGGUUCUGGCCGAUCAGGGCGUUUGCUGCAUCGACGAGUUUGACAAGAUGGCCGAUACCGACCGAGUUGCUAUCCACGAGGUCAUGGAACAGCAGACGAUUUCCAUCGCCAAAGCAGGCAUCAUGACCUGCCUGAAUGCUCGCGUGUCGAUUCUUGCCGCGGCCAAUCCGGUGUACGGCCGUUACAACCCACGACGCACCAUCGAGCAGAACAUCCAACUGCCGGCCGCUCUCCUCUCCCGUUUCGACCUUCUCUGGCUCAUCCAAGACAAACCGGACCGCGACAACGAUCUUCGUCUGGCCAAGCACAUCACCUUCGUCCACAGCCACGGAAAGCAGCCGCCAUCGCGCAUCAAGACUCUGGACAUGUCGCUGAUCCGCCGGUACAUCGCACUGUGCAAGCGCAAAGUGCCGGUCAUCACGCCGGAACUGUCCGAGUACAUCGUCAACGCGUACGUCGAAUUGCGCCGCGAGGCACGCAACAACCGCGACAUGACCUUCACCUCGGCCCGUAACCUGCUGGGAAUUUUGCGCCUCUCGACCGCCCUUGCCCGGCUCCGUCUGGCCGACGAGGUCGACAAAGACGACGUGCAGGAAGCGCUCCGCCUGCUGGAAAUGUCCAAGGACUCGCUGAACCAAACCGAGCAGAAGACCACUCACGUCCAAAACACGUCGGACAAAAUCUUCGCGCUGGUGCGGGAGUUGGCCGGGGCGAGCAAGACGGUCAAGAUCUCGGACGUGAUGGAGCGCUGCACGACCAAGGGCUACAAGCCGGACCAGGUGGACGCCUGCAUCGAGGAGUACGAGGAGCUGAACGUGUGGCAGGUCAACCAGACGCGGACGAAAAUUACCUUUAUCUAAGCGAAGUUGUGUGCGCGUGUGUUUUUAUACCUACUCUCAUUUUUUUCAUCCUUUCUGUUAGCGAUUAAAUGCAGUUUUUUUUGUAUUCGCAUAUUUUGUCACCUGGAUUGAAUAAUGAAUCAUUGAACGUCUUAAUUCUCCUCUAGCUUUCUCAUCCAGGUGGUUCACAUGUUUGCCCUUAGUACAAUGUUGUAAGAGACUAGAAUUAAGUUUUAUAAGCAAUAAAACUUGACUUUGAAUAAA